CUUAUUCCAUAUAAAUUUUCUUAUUGGAGAAUAAAAACUGCAUGAGUAAACGAAGAAGAAUACAAAGAUGAUAGUUCCAUAAUAUUAAUUUUUAUUAUUUAAUUUUUCCAUGUCAUUGGAAUUCGUUGUUAAUAGUCAUGCUUCUCCAAACACUGGAUAAAACUAUACGAAACGUAUUGCCAGCAUGUAGACAUAAUCUCCUUAUCUCAUUUAAUUCGAGUAAACGAGAAAUGCAUGCAACUUUGUCAAAGCUGACCUCAAAUAUUUACCAGGAAGAACCCGGUAGCUUCUCCUCCAACGGGAGCAUGAUCGUCGUGAGCAACAGGUUGCCGUUCGUGCUGAAGAGGAAUGAGGUGACCGGUCAGCUGGAACGCAAGGCCAGUGCUGGAGGUCUUGUAACAGCGGUAGCACCGGUGGUUAUAAGCGGAAAUGGAGUGUGGGUUGGAUGGCCAGGUAUGCACAUGGAGAACCCGAAUGAACCAAUCCCGGAGUCCGACCCUAAUGAUCGUACACCAACUGCUGGUCUUCUAUCUCGUAAGGUUAUGGCAGUACACUUCGACCCGGUCAUCUUCGAUGCGUACUACAAUGGAUGUUGCAAUGGAACCUUUUGGCCAUUGUUCCACUCUAUGCCUGAUCGAGCGACCUUUAUCGCGGAACAUUGGCGAGCGUACUCCGCGGUCAACGAGGAAUUCGCUGUUAAAACGGUCAGUGCAUUGGAACAAAUUUACAAGGAGCAGAAGAAUCAACCGAAUGGCACACCUUUGGUCUGGGUGCAUGACUAUCACCUAAUGUUAGCAGCAAAUUGGAUUCGACAACGAGCCGACGAGAAACGUCUCAGAUGUAAAUUAGGCUUCUUCCUCCACAUCCCUUUCCCACCAUGGGACAUCUUCAGAUUGUUCCCAUGGGCUGAUGAAAUCCUUCAAGGGAUGCUUGGUUGUGACAUGGUUGGUUUUCACAUUCAGGACUAUUGUUUGAACUUCGUCGACUGCUGCCAGAGAAGUCUUGGGUGCAGGGUUGAUCGUAAGAAUUUGUUAGUGGAGCACGGUGGAAGAACUGUUCGUGUGAGGCCACUUCCCAUUGGCAUUCCAUUCGAUAGAUUCGUCUCACUAGCCGAGAGUGCUAACAAGGUCAUGUUGACCAAUCAGAAAAUCGUACUGGGCGUUGAUCGUCUCGAUUAUACCAAGGGUCUGGUCAACAGAUUGAAGGCUUUUGAGCUGUUGCUAGAAAAACAUCCAGAACAUCGUGAACAGGUUACUAUGCUUCAAAUUGCUGUACCAUCGCGAACUGACGUGCGUGAAUAUCAGGAUUUGAAACUUGAGAUGGAUCAACUUAUCGGUCGCAUAAACGGUCGAUUUACGACACCGAAUUGGUCUCCUAUUCGUUACAUUUAUGGUUGCGUGAGUCAGGACGAAUUAGCAGCAUUUUAUAGGGAUGCUGCGGUUGCUCUGGUUACACCACUUAGAGAUGGUAUGAAUUUAGUCGCCAAGGAAUUCGUCGCCUGUCAAAUUAAUACACCACCUGGUGUGUUGAUCGUUUCACCAUUCGCUGGAGCUGGGGAGAUGAUGCACGAAGCCUUGAUCUGUAAUCCUUAUGAAUUAGACGAAGCUGCUGAAGUUAUCCAUAGAGCGCUUACCAUGCCAGAAGAUGAACGCACAUUAAGAAUGAAUCACUUAAGACGCCGUGAAAGGAUCAACGAUGUCAAUUAUUGGAUGAAAUCCUUCCUGCAAGUAAUGGGAUCAUUGGAGGAACAUGAUUCUGUAGGUGCAACCACGAUGCAACCGGUGACCAUGGAUGAUUUCGAUGAUUACUUGAGCAAGUAUAUCGGCGAUAAUCAUAAAUUGGCCCUCUUGCUGGACUACGAUGGUACUUUAGCUCCUAUUGCGACUCAUCCGGAUCUUGCCAUUUUACCUUUGGAAACGAAGAACGUUCUCCAAAGGCUAUCGAACAUGUCCGAUGUAUACAUAGCAAUUAUAUCAGGCAGAAACGUGAACAACGUGAAGUCGAUGGUUGGUAUAGAAGGUAUUACGUACGCCGGAAACCACGGAUUGGAAAUUUUGCAUCCAGACGGUAGCAAGUUUGUUCAUCCGAUGCCCGCUGAGUUGGAAGAUAAGGUGGCAAAUUUGAUGCAAACGUUGCAAGACCAACUUUGCAAGGAUGGAGCCUGGGUAGAAAACAAAGGAGCAUUACUGACGUUCCAUUAUCGUGAAACUCCAAUGGAAGGACGUCCUCAAAUGGUUGAUCAGGCAAAGAAAAUCAUUGAGCAAGCAGGUUUCAAAGCCUGUUCAGCGCACUGUGCCAUUGAAGCAAGACCACCAGUUGAAUGGAACAAGGGUCGUGCUUCCAUUUACAUCCUACGUACGGCAUUUGGUUUAGAUUGGAGCGAACGUAUCAGGAUUAUUUAUGCCGGUGAUGAUGUUACAGAUGAAGAUGCAAUGAAGGCGCUAAAAGGUAUGGCAGCUACCUUUCGCGUAGCGUCGUCGCAUAUAAUCCGUACGUCGGCAGAAAGGCGUUUGCCGAGUACGGAUUCCGUGUUGACCAUGUUGAAGUGGGUAGAGAGACACUUGAGCAGACGCAAGCCUCGCAACAGCACCGAGAUUCCUUCUAGAUACCGACGUAGCAGCGCUGGAAUUACCAUGGAAAUGUCGUAUAUGCCGACGAAUACAGCGUUAGAAUCCUAGGUGACGCCCUAAUAAUCUUCGUUAUCACAUCGACUGUGUCCUCGACAAGAAAUACAUACUUUGUAUGUCACAGGCUUAAUAUGAUGUACUCGUAGAGUAAGAUCAAAUAAAAGCGAGAGGGAAGAAUAAGAACGAAGGAAAAAGGGAAUCUCUAGGUGGAUAAAAUAAAAUAAAAUAAAAAAUUAAAAUAAAAAAAAAAAAAAAUCAUCGCGUAAGUUGUAUCGGUCUGCGAGAAUGUGGUAGAAAGCAUCAUUGUCAUGUAUCAAACAAGUCGAGCGUCACACGGAUAAUUUUUCCCUUGGAUAAAUUGUAUUCGAGAUCUUCUAUUUAACAUAUUCGAUUAUAUCGAGUUAACAUAAUAGAACUUAUCGUACUUACGCAUGUAUACAAGCCAAAAAAUGGAAGAACUGAUCUUUUUUGAUGUGGAACCAACAAAUCAUUCUAUAUCGACUGUUUUCGACGUUUAAUCGAUGUAUCUCUUCGGUGACCAGUUAAAUGGCUUUACCUCGACAAAACAUAACAAAUCGCGUUAUAAAAAAAAAAUUUAAAAAAGAUGAAUGUUACGUGUGCAGUCGCUAAAUCUUCGUUUCAAGCGUGAAGAUGGCUUCUUCUUUUUUUAUUUAAUGUUCAACAUAACAAUUACUACGCUGUGCGAUAUAAUCAGCCUGAAUGUAGAUUCUAUAAAGUGUGUUUUAUCAGAAGUCGUAUAAUAGGUACUUAGCUAUGCAUAGUUUCUAAGUUCGCGUCGCUCAAAAAGCAUCACAGGAAAUAUUCGAUAUAUAUUUCAAUAUUAUCGUAAUAACUUAACGAAAAUUGAUUUUAUUAAAUAUUUGUAUAUUUGCUACCAAUUUCUGAGACACGAGACAGAUGAUUGUAACGGAGAAAUGGUUCCACGUAUGUCAGCACAUUAGGAGAUAAGAGAGGGAGACAAAAAUUGUAUUCGAAUACGUAGCCUGCUCAAAAUAUCAUAAUUGACUAAUAUAACAGGUUUCAGUUUUCCAUUUGUAGAUUUUAAAUCGAUUUGUUGGAUGUUGCUGUUUUUUAAAUCAGGUCGAUAUGGCCGAUUUUGCUGUAUGUAUAUUUGGCAUGUAUUUUGUAUACCAUUGAAAUUAUGCGAAACGCAUUCAUUUUGUUAAGAUUAUAAAGAAUUCUCUUUGAAAUAGAAUCAUGAAACAUC